AUGUUCCGCUUCAGCAAAACCCUCGACCCAAUAACCCUCUUCCACUCACCAACCCUCGCCCCCUCAACCCGCGUCCUCAACAUCCUAAAACAAGCCUCAAUCACCGCCUCCGAAACCGCAACCGAAGACCAAGCCUCCGACACCACCCUGCAAGCCGCACAGCAGCGCGGCGAGUUCGAGCUGGAGGUUACCACUGCGGCGCCGACGACGGACCAGUUGCACAGUAUCCUGGAGUACAUUAGUCCUGUGGGGGGUUCUGGGGCUGGGGGGAAGGCGGUUUAUGGGGUUGGGGAGUUGGUGAAGGGGGCGCGGGAUGCGGAGGAUGCUGUUAAGAGGUUUAAGGAGGAUCAGGGGCGGUUUGUUAGGCCUGUGACCGUUGAUUGGGUUAAUGGUCGGGCUGUUAUUGGGGAUAAUGAGUCUGAGAUUUUGCGGAUGGUGCGUCAGCUUCCUGAGAACUAG